UGGCAUCAGACCCUCCACGUAAGGCGAUGGUAUAUAAUAGGGAAAGGUGGAGAGAGAAUAGCCAGUUAAGAAGCAAGACAAGGACGAGAGAUGCUGAAGAUUCUGACAGUGAUGGUGGUGGCGGUGGUGUGUGUGGGCGUGAGUGGUCGGCCCCAGCACGGAGGCGGCGGCGGUUCACAUGGGGCCGGGUACGGGAAACAGCCUGAAGGGUAUUUCCAGUACGUCAACGUGCCCGCCCACAAGGAGUACGAGUUUGGGUGGAAUAGAGGCAACCCACAUCACUACAUCUCCCGCUUUGAACAGGCUAAGGACCAUCGCUUCAGAACCAGGGUGAAAUGGGCAGAUACUCACGGAGGCUACGGCGAACAUUACUGGGAAUACAACCACGCACCUAAGUACAAGGAACACGACACAUACAAGGAACCAGAGCCUUACCACGCUCCUGCACCUACCUACCACGCCCCUGAGCCCUCUUAUGACCCCAAACCCUCUUACAAACACCCUGAACCUAUUUAUGAUGCUUUUGAACCCACCUACGGCCCACCACAGCCACACGGGUACCCUUCUGAUAAUGUUCCGGUUAUCGCUGAUCCCUCCGAUGUGCAGGUGAUCAGGGGGAAGGUAAUAUAAGGGAAAUAGCGGACGUUUUGUGUGUUACUGCGGAAAGAAGUCAGGGAAAGGUGUAUGGAUGGCGGAUGAAGGCUGUUUAGUGUUAUAGUACAUGGCGCUAUUGACUUAGAGAAACGUCGAAAGGAGAAUGAGGAUUACGGAAAAGGAGUGUCAGAGAAGAUUCGAGGGAUAGAAACUCUAGGAAAAUGCAGAAAUAUGGUCAUAAUGUAUAGGUGAAGAGAUGAUAGAGUUUUUAUUAAUUUAUUUUCUAUUCGAUGUGUUGAAAUGAAGCCUGUUUUGUUUCUUUUUACUUUAUAUCUUUUCAUACUUUUAUUUCUUUCAUUUAUUCAUUUUCUUUUUAUAAGGCGAUUGUUUUAUGCAUCGUUUUGUUUUAUACGGCUUUAUUUUGAAAUUAAGCCAUUUUUAACAUAAUGAAACUUUAUUUAUUAAUCUAUUAUUAUUAUUAUUAUUAUUAUUAUUAUGUAUAACGUAGCUUCUUUUCUUGAGUUCACGAUUAAAUAGCUAUUUUUUUCUUUUAUAAUAUACGUUAAAAAGCUCAAUAAUAAUAAUAAUAAUAAUAAUAAUAAUAAUAAUAAUAAUAAUAAUAAUAAUAAUAAUAAUGAUUCAAAGGUACAACAUGAAUAUCUGGGAAGUAACAAUCAGCGAGUGUGUGAAGACGGUUUAUAGAUAUUGUAGAAUCUAGUCCCCUGGAAGAUUAUAAUUAUGAGUGUAUCCAGGCUCUCUCUCUCUCUCUCUCUCUCUCUCUCGUGUGUGUGUGUGUGUGUGUGUGUGUGUGUGUGUGUGUGUGUGUGUGUGUGAUAUCCUCCUGGUGAGAGAACAUAUAUUUAUAGUAAAGAUAAUGAAUAUCAAAACGUGUGUGUGUGUGUGUGUGUGUGUGUGUGUGUCAGGGCUAGUGUAGACAAGUGUUAGGUAAAUAAAACUGUAUACCCGUAAUAUAUUGCUGUUUGAAAUUCGCCCUCCUACUUUUGUCCAUGAAUAUAUAUACAUACAGAAUAUUUGUUAACGGGAUCGAAAAAGAAUAUGAGAGAAAGUCGUGUUAGUAAGGUCUCUCUCUCUCUCUCUCUCUCUCUCUCUCCACUUUUUCCAUACGAUAACAGAACUUUCACUAUCUUUUUUUCAUAUAAACCAACAAAUAAAUACUUACAUGUGCACAUCAAUAAAGCAAUUAACACUGUAUACAUAUAUAAAACAAGAAAACCUAAAAAAUCUCUAACUUUCAUAUGCAACAAAAAAUCUACUAAUAUUUCGUGGAAUUUUAGUUGAGCUGGUGCCGAAAUCGAAAAAAAGACGAAAAUGACGCAUGAUACUGUAAACUGGCAACUCUCUCUCUCUCUCUCUCUGGCACCCAAUUUCCCAUUUUCUCAUCUUCUAUUACUAUUUUCAACCUUCCUUUUGUUAACUAGACACUAACCCUUAUUUUUGUCAUUUUAAUAUUCUUCCCACUAUAUUUCUGACCUUUCCUUUGCUAACCUGCACAUACCGUACCUCUCUCAGUCCUCCAGCUCUCGUAGAAAAAGCACAAAAUAACAGCGGAGCCACAACAGACACACACACCCUUCUCCUCCUCCCGUCCACAGCAACUGAGGGCCGAAUCUGGAGAGGGAAGAGUUCACAAGGGAGGAUUCGAAUCAGUGAGGACAGUCUUUAGGUACUUUGUGUUACGUUAUGCUGUUACUAUAUGUGCUUGUGAUAUAUCUUUAUCUACGGGUGGUGAGGAGAGGGUGAGGGUGAGAAGGAGGUGAGGAAUGGUAGGGUAAGGUAACAGGUGAUAUGGUUGCAGGUGAGAUAAUUAAAGGUGAAGCGAGUUGAAUGAUGUACCGAACCAGUGAGAGAGAGAGAGAGAGAGAGAGAGAGAGAGAGAGUAGUAGUAGUAGUAGUAGUAGUAGUAGUAAUAGUAGUAGUAGUAGUAGCAGUAGCAGUAGUAGUAGUAGUAGUAAUGGUCUGAUAAUGAAAAGAAUGGAGGUUCCUCGUAAUUUCUAUUAAUAAUCAUUGUUUAAUAAAAAUAGCUGUAAUUAUUGUUCAUUUUAUUAUCAUUUGGUCAUGUCUUUCAAAACAACCAUUCUCUCUCUCUCUCUCUCUCUCUCUCUCUCUCUCUCUCUCUCCUGUUCAUUGUCAUGUUACACGAAACAUUAAAAUAUUUUGUAUAGAAAAAUAUAUACUACGUCAGACGGUCGUUGUCACACACACACACACACACACACACACACACACACACACACACACACACACACACAAUACAA